CCUUAGGCACAGAACAUCCGAAUCCCCCUUUUCCAACGUCGAUAGACAUACCAUAACAUAACACAGUACACGAUCCCUUUCAAAAAACCAGCCUUACCGACAAAACCAUCAUCUAACAAAAGAAGAAAAAAACAACAACAUGAUAAACUGGUCCCCCUUCGCGAUGGUCGCCUCCCCGGCAAUCCUCUUCAUCUACAGCGGGCUAACGCUCUACGUCGCGCUAUGCAUAAUGCUCGGCUUCAAAGUAGCCUACAGCUACGUCAGCCGCGACGAGUGGUGCUGCUACCGGUGGUGCAUUCUUCCGAAAUGGGCGCUCUUUAUCAUGAUGGCGGUGCCUCUGUCGAUCAUAUUCGCGAUCAUCAUAGUCCCGGUGCUAUUCUGCAUGUUCAUGUGGGUGUUCGUCAUAGACAAGAUCAGGCAGAUGUGUGUGCGCAGGAGGAAGCGGAGACGGGGUGGGAAUGAUGUCGAAUCGGGUAAUGGCGGUGCGAAUGACGAUGCGGCGAGUUGGAUUACGAUCGAGACUCCUGUGCCGGGUGCGCCCCGUGACAACCAACAUACUCCGAUCCCGCAGACGGAGGAACGCGCGACGACCCCCUUUCCCGAGAGACCCGCACCUGUACAUAUUCAAGGCGGUAUCUGA